CUCUGCAGAGAGACUGCGAGGGGAAACUGAAACCGCUCUCUCCAUUCACGGAUUUUUACGGUUACCGUUGACCUGGUCAACCAGAAAAAUGACCGAAGAGCUAACAUACGCACCGACAACAGAAGAAAUCAAGGACCCAGAGAAGUCCCUGACCACGGAGACCUCCGAGGAUGGGGAUGAGAAUCAAGAGCGCGGCAACUGGGGGAGCAAGCUGGAGUUUGUCUGCUCGUGUCUCAGCUUCGCUGUUGGGCUGGGAAAUAUCUGGCGGUUUCCUUACAUUUGUUAUGUGAAUGGAGGGGGUGCCUUCCUGCUCCCUUUCACCAUCAUGUUGGUCCUGGCGGGGAUUCCCCUGAUGUUCAUGGAGUUAUCAUUUGGUCAGUAUGCCAGCCAGGGUGUUAUAUCAGUAUGGCAGGCCAGCCCUCUGUUUCAGGGUAUUGGGUAUGGUAUGUUCAUGGUGUCUACCUUCAUAGCUCUAUAUUACAACAUGGUGAUAGCCUACAACAUUUUCUACCUCUUUGCUUCCUUCAACUCAGACGUACCCUGGAGGUUUUGUGGGAAUGAGUGGAACACGCAAGCAUGUGGGGUACUGAACAAAGCAGCAGAGAAGAACUGUACAGCUUACAAUGGCACAUACUUCAAUGAUACAUGUUACAGCAUAGAGUCCCAUGGCUGGGAUAUAUACAACUACAUCCAGAAUGUGUCUAAUCUGACGUCAGAGGAAGAACUGAAGAGGGUUAAUCCCAGCGAUGAGUUUUUUCAUAACUAUGUGUUGGACAUCACCGAGGGUUUCCAUGACAUGGGUGGAGUGCGCUGGCAGCUGGCACUGUGUCUUCUAUUGGCCUGGACCAUAGUGGGUCUGUGCCUUAUCAAAGGAAUUAAGUCUUCUGGAAAGGUUGCGUAUUUCACAGCAUUCUUUCCCUAUGUGGUGCUGCUGGUGUUGCUGAUACGAGGCCUUACACUUCCGGGCUCUGUGGACGGAAUUAAGUAUUAUGUUACGCCUCAGUGGCAUCUGUUAGGGAGAGCAAAGGUGUGGAGUGAUGCUGCUGUCCAGAUAUUCUUCUCACUCUCCCCAGGAUGGGGUGGUCUUAUUACACUGGCCAGUUAUAAUAAGUUCCACAAUAAUUCUCUCAGGGAUGCUUUCAUAGUUGGAAUCGGUGACUGCUUAACCAGUUUCUUUGCUGGUUUUGUUAUUUUUGCUGUGAUUGGUUACAUGGCACAUGACCUUCAGGUGGACGUCACAGAGGUCGUAUCCAAAGGUCCAGGUCUUGCAUUUAUCGUAUACCCUGAAGUUGUCAAACGUCUUCCGUUGUCACCAUUCUGGGCCAUCAGCUUCUUCCUCAUGAUGAUCACACUGGGGAUGGGAACACAGUUUGCCACAGUGAAUACAAUGCACACCACUCUCUUGGACUUGUUCCCAGAGAAACUGAGGAAAGGACACAGACCAACCAUAACUCUGUCAGUCAUUUGUGGAGUGAUGUAUUUACUGGGACUCACCAUGACUUCUAAGGGUGGUCUUUACAUGCUGACACUAAUGGACAACUAUGCUGGAACGUACUCCUUGCUGUUUAUUGUGAUAGCUGAAUGUCUGGCACUGUCCUGGAGUUACGGUUCUGAUCGAUUCCUAAAGAACAUCAGUCAAAUGAUUGGGCGACAUCCUGGUAUAUAUUGGAAAUAUUUGUGGCAGUACAUAACACCCUGUGUAUUACUGUUCAUCAUGUUCUUCACGUGGUACGACUUCACUCCGUCCUCGUAUCGUGAUUAUGUGUUCCCCGUUUGGGCAGAUGUCCUCGGCUGGAUGGUGUCCUUGACCUCCCCCCUCAUGAUACCUAUUGUUGCCACGGUGAUGAUCAUAACGGCACGCAGGGACCAAAGAUAUCAACAUAUGACUCUGUGGCAGAUCAUCAAAAUGCUGACGAGGCCUACAGAAGCCUGGGGUCCUGCCUUGGAGGUUCACCGACGAGAGGCAGCGGAGAGCAGCACCCGUAUGGUUCCUAUGGUCGACAUGAGCACCAUGAACACAAAUAACACUGUCGAGAAAAAUAAUUACAAGAACGAGGAAUCUGACGCCAAAGAACCACUCACAAAUGGAGCGGUUGAUGCGUAGGAACAGUGAUCAAUUUCAGUUCUGAUACUGUGCAGUAAGCCUCCAAAGUCUGUAACAUUCAUAGUCAGUGCCUCAUAUCAGUACACUCGGGGUCUCUGAAAAAUGACUGCUGUGCUCAGUAGAAAAUUUUAGAAGAUGUGUGAAGGGUACAUUUAAUUACUUUGAUAUGGUUUUCAGAUAACAUCUAAGUUUGUAAGAGGCAUAUUGGAGAAUGACUUGGUUUUAGUCGAUGAUUCAAGAAACCAGCAAAGGAAAUUAAAAAACAUGUUAAGUUAUGGUUUUCUGCGAGAUGUAAAUUGAUGCAACCAAGAUUAUUUAUUUAAUGUUAAAUGUGUAAAUUUAUUGACUGUUAUAUUCAGCUGAAGGCUGUGCAUUUUCUAUGUUCCUGAAUCCAAGAUUCUGGUGGACGAUUUAUAAAAUUACUUGCAGAGUCAUUAGUAUAUAAUGUCCCCACCUUCUUAUUGAAGGAGAGGAAAUUUUUGGAGUAAAUCAUGUUUGUUUAGCAAAUAAUAUUCCUCCACAUUUUUUUUUUGAUGUGUAAAUGUGUGUAAAAUAUAGAGGUAUAAUAUUGCUGAAGGGUACAUUAGAAUAUUUUGAAUGUUUUAGUAGAAUUGGAAGAAAUGGAAAUAUUAGAAUCUCAGUGAUGAACAAAAAGUGAUAGCUGCUCAGUUUCAGGUUUAUAUUUUUAAUUGGAAACAUUUUUUUUUUUGUGUGUGUGUGUGUGUUUGAAAUAAUUCUGUUUGUUGGAAAAUGGCAACUUGUCCAACCUGUUAAAGUGAAGUGAGCAUUAACAUGUUUUCAUGUAAAAGUAAUUUCACGUGUACAUUUAACGUAUGCGUGUGCAUUGUAGAUUCAUGUCUUAUUGUACAUAAUUAUUUCUAAGUGUUAUCAGCAUGUUCUAUAUUAUUCACACCUAGAGACUCUUUUAUGUGCAAAUUCUUUUAGUUAUACUUGUUUUUACCAAAUGUAUUUCUUGGUAUACAGAGCCAGUGCUUUUUUUAUUUACAAGGAGUUUCAAGGAUUUAUAUUUAUAUUUGAUUUAUAUCUGUUAUGCUUUAGGAAGUGGAGAAGCAUUCUAACAUUUUCUCUUGAAAUUGAUGCAUCAGAGGUAUCAAAAUUGCUUUGAUGACUAUUUAUUCACUUGUUUUAUUGGUUUAUUUAUAUCUUUAUCUUUUGUAGCUACUGGAGUAAAACAAAAAGCUUGUUUUUAUGUUGUGUACAGCACAGAAAAAAUAUGAAUCAUCAUAUACAGUUGUAUGUGUGAUUAUUAUUAUUAUUAUUAUUAUUACAUAAUUGCACAUUAGAACAUGCUAAUUGUCAUUAGGAGUAAAUAAAGAAAAUGUAUGGUGUACUGUGCAUGCCUAUGCCUUAAUUAAACUAACUAAAGUGUUUGUUUGGAGGAUAAGUUAUAUACAUGUGCAUGUAGAUCAUUAAAAAAUAUAUUUGUGGCCAUGUAAGGUUGUAAUGUCUUCGUGUAUGAAGGAAGAGGGACCCAAAGUGAGUCCCACAGCACAAAACAUUACUACCCAGUAGAUAUUAGAUGCACUUUCAGCAUUAAUAGGUAUCAGCUUCUUAAUGUUAUUGAUGUAUUAUUUGAUUUAUGUCUCACUGUGUGCCAUAACACAGUAGUACAUGUAUAUUUCAAUAUACAUCUUAUUUUUGUAAGAGCUCCAUCUCGAAACCAUCAAGUGUUUUCUGGAGUAUUGUUACAUGUGGUCUUUAAAAAGUGAGAUGUUAAUUUUAUGGAAUGAAAUUUCUUAAUAUGGUGCUAAAAUGAUUCCCAGUUGUGCAUUCAGACGAAGUAUAAUCUGGAAUAUCUUGAAUCCAGUCUCAGCCACCACAAACUUUUGAACUGGUAAUUCUGUAGUCUUCCACCAAGCAACAGGUUUAUGUAGAUCAUUUUUCUGAUAUUUUUAUAUAUUUGCCAUUCACAUAGGAUAUUUGCUGAAUUGAUUUUUUUAAAGUUUAUUAAUUAAUUAUCUUAUUUUUGCAGAGGAAGGUACCAGGUGAUUUUAAUUUAAUAAUGGAUUUUUAAAUAUCUUGAAAUUUUAAAGUAAAAGUAGUUAGGUUUUUUUGGUGAGGGUCUUAUGGACUGACCCUAUUUUGCCCAAUCUGAAUACCUUAUGAGACGAACAACUAUUGUAUCAUUACUGUAACAUACAAUUGACUGUUUUAGCUAAUAAACACGGUAUAUACUUAAUAUAACACUGAAUAAAUCUUGUUAU